UCUAUAAAAUCGACGUGCAUUAAUGUCUUUGUUUCCUGAGGUUCGUGUACCGGCGAUGUGCACCUAGAAACAGUUCGUCGCAGAAAAGUGGUAACAACCCCACCUGGUUUGCUCGGGUGCGGCCUUUCCCCUUCGUCUAUAAAGCCACUAGGAAUCUACUUCUGCCGAACAUUCACUCGGCGCUUCGUCACUCAUUUGUUCACCAUGUGGCUGCUUAUCCUCGCAGGUCUUUUAACGGUUUCCGGGGCCGAGGAGGCGAUUUCAAACACAGCUGAAAAAGCGAAAACCUCCUCUGACAAUGCAGGCGACAUUGUCAUGUUGGAAAUCGAUGUCAAGGAGCCUGUGAAGAGAUCGCCGAUUACAGCCACUGCCGAAUAUGGUGCUCCAGCCAAUCAGUACAUUCUUCAAUCAGCCGAUGAUACGCAAGAGCUACCACCGGAGUAUUUAUCUGUACUACAACAAUACGCGCAGGAAGGGCCGCAACACCAAGCGCCACCACCUCCACGGAGAGUGCAGCCAGCAUACGCGAAACAACAGCAAGCAUUGCAACAAGCUUAUUACAACUACCGAAAGCCAACGGUAGUGCCGCCUCGUCCUCGUCCUCAACUUCACCCUCAGGCUCUGGCUCAAGCCGAAUUAACUGCUGACAUCCAAGCUCAAGUCGAAGCUCAAACUCGCACAGACGCCAUUCGCACGGCCCGUUUGGGAUCGAAAGCUUCCGAGGUUCCGGUAUAUCAAACAUCCUAUGCCCAACCAAAAUUGGGAACGUUCGAGCAAGAAUUACUGCAACUAGUCUCGGCUAAUCAAGCCCAAGAAUUUAAACUUCUUCCGACGCAACCUAAAGGAAGCACAUCCGCAUAUUCCCAGCAAUUAGUAAGCUAUCCGGCUCAGUACGCGAAACCAAACGUGGCAGCACCUCAAUUGCCCGAGCAGUACCAUAUUGAAACUUCUCCACCGCGUUAUCAUCAACCACGGCCACAACCACAACCACAACCACAGCCACAACCGGCACCUGCUUAUCAAUCGGUCGAAGAGCCUGUUCAUUAUCAAGCAGCUCAGCCUGCCGAAGCUUACAAUCAGUCGCCACAAUACGAUUAUAUCGAUGACGAUUCAUAUCGGAAAGCCCUUGAACAGGCCCAAGCUCAGGCUCAAGCUCAGGCGGAGGCACAAGCGUUGUCUUUCCAGAAAAUCGCGCAGGCUGCUUACAAAAAGCAUCACCAAGAUGCGUUGGCGCAUAUGAGGCUCACGAACGAACGUUACAGGCAACAGUCUGCUCUAGAACAGAUCCAACAAGGUGCCCAAGUGAGCGAUGCUGGACGUAGUCACUUGCAAGAACAAUUGCAUCCAAAAGGUGCAGAGGCUGCUUAUAGGGCGAAGUUGAAAGCGCAGAUAGCCGCGGAGGCAGCCGAGGCAAGGAAAUUGCAGCAAGCGCAGGAAUUUAAGGCACACGCUGACGCUAUUCGCAAACUCGAAGCUCAGCAGCAAGCUCAUCUGAAGGUGCAGGAAGAGGUUCAUAAUUAUGCUCUGAAUUUCGAGAAGAAUCAAGCGCGCGCUCAGGCUAUAGCGCAAGCCCAAGCUGAAGCUCUUUACAAGUCCCAGCUUCAAGCUCGGAAUCAGGUUAAAGGCGAAAUUUUGGCGAUCUCCAAGGGCCAAGUGCAAGGAAAGAAAGUUGAUCCAGACUCAUCCGUGUAUCAUUAUACUCUUUCAACCACUACCGCCCUUCCUUUCCUUCACAAUAGUUAUUUCACCAAUGAUCAAUUGCAAAAAUACCAAACAUCUGGUUCUUCUUACGUUCCUAGAUCAGUUCCAAAAUCCGAUGACGCGAGUCCCGUUAUAGAAGCAGCGUCAGCCCACGUACAACCUGUUAUUACGCAACCACGGCAAACCCAUAAGUUGAAGCUCCCUUCGUCUUCUCAGUCGGUUUACGUAUCCGAAUCGGGUUUGCUAAAAAAGUCACCAAUUAAGUCGGUAACCAUCGAAGAAGUAACCGCCCAGCCGGAUCAAAUCGGUGCUCAACCGUCACCCGCAGCCAAGGCACACGCUUUGACGGAAGAAGACUUGUCAGCAUUGAUUAACGCAGGAUACACUGUUACUCCUGUGACGCAAACUGCCAAAACUAUUCAACAAAUUUACGCAACCGACAAUACAUCUGCGGGUAAUAACCCGUAUUAUACGAAGAAACAAAAAGCUCCUCUUACAAGGUCUGAAUACAUCACCUACGAAGAGGUGAUUCAACGUCCACGCAAGCUCGUUAGAAAAAAUAGGCCGAUUCUGAAGCAUAGUGAGAAGGAAGGUGAUUUAGGCGAGAAAGUUACUUACUUGGUACCUCUCGAACCGGCUUUCGGCACGAGACAACCUGCGCUCAAACACGAAGAAUAAUUUCGUUGAAACGUGGCUUUUCCUUGUCGUUGCGUUGUAAGUCCAGGAUAAUGCGGCAUGUAGUUUAAAUACUGUUCUUACAGUUUAUCUUUCGUCUUUGAUUUUAUAACGUAGUAAAAGUUAUAAACUUGAGUCGUAAUUGGAUAGUACUGAAAUUAUUCAUCGAAUUUACUUUUAUCAAGAAACAAUACUUUCUUUUAUAGGACAUAUUAAUAUGUAAGCUUUUAAGUUAUGUAUGCAUUUGCUAAAACACAACUAGGUCUUGAUACUUAAAGCAACGUUAAUGUCACCUACUGACAAAAGCGAGGAAACUUUUUCGCCAACCCAAUGAAAUAUAUUAACCGAUGAACAGUUCGAAGUAAGAACUGUAAAAUUAAAUUUAAAACCUAGCGAUAAUUUCAUUUCUAGAUGCAGCGUGAACGGUUCUUCGUGUUUCUCAAUCUACAUUCUGUUUUCGGUGUCUUUUCCAGUCUUAUGCAUAUGCAAUUGCUUCGAGCAUGAUUAAAACGAAUGAAAUGUAUCUUGAAUUUUUCCUAACACAUCAUUCACAGUUUAAAAUUCGUUAACAAUCAAGUUGAACUCUUGAAAUGUAAAUUUUAUACGUAGCGUUGAUCAAGACGAACGGUCAAAUUGUAUCAAAGCUCUCGAAAAGUAAAUACACACACACAUACACAUAUAUAUAUCGUUGAUACAUUUUUAUGGCGCAAACGAGUACAUCCUAGAAUACCCUUGUACGCGAUGUCAUUUGCAGGCGGUAUGUGCGACGGUGCUGAGUCGAAUCAUUUUAAUUUAUACUUAUUAUACUUGUAUAUAUUAGAUUUUUACUGAAUAAAAUAAUUCAGAAAUUUU